CCCGACUUCAAAGGCACCAUACUCAACGUGCAAAACAGUCAUUGAGCAAAGAGCCUCUCGGUCAUGGAUCUUGCCCUCCGUCUAGCCGAUGACUACAUCCUCGACAAGGCUUGGGCGUAUCUCAUCCCUGUUUCUGCCUUCGCGGGGAAUGUAGACGCGAAUUUGCUCGGCUCGGCCUCGUCUCUCAACGCCUCCUAUCCACUACUUUCCGCAGGUUCCUCAUCGAGCUCGACAUGGUCACAUCUCAUUUCGUACCUCCCGCACCCACCUCUAUCUGACGAGCUCCUCCUAUCGCCCGCUAUCUCUAACAUGCCACCUGUCUCCGCAUGGCCGCGCGAUUACAUCCCAAGGCAAAUGAUCUCGCUCACCGUGUUCACGCUUGUCGGGAUACAUAUCCUGUACUUCCUCUUCGCGUGGCUCUCUUUCCGCUUCAUCUUCAACCACGAGAUGAUGAAGCACCCAAAAUUUUUGAAGAACCAGAUCAGGCGGGAGAUUAUUUGCAGUCUAAAAUCCUUCCCGGGUAUGACGCUUUUGACUCUCCCUUGUUUCCUUGCGGAAGUGCGCGGGCACUCAAUGUUGUACGAGAAUGUUGAGGACUACGGUUGGGGCUAUUUCUUCUUCUCUAUGUUAUUCUUCCUGGCGUUUACGGACUACGGCAUCUAUUGGAUCCAUCGGUGGGAACACAAUCCUAUGUGGUACAAGUGGCUACAUAAGCCGCAUCACAAAUGGCUUAUUCCUACACCUUUCGCUUCAUAUGCUUUUCACCCUCUCGACGGAUUCCUCCAGUCAAUGCCGUACCAUCUCUUCAUCUUCGUUUUCCCGCUCCACCAAAAGCUGUACCUUGGCCUAUUCGUCUUCGUGAAUUUCUGGACUAUCCUCAUCCAUGACUCUGAUAUGAUCACCGACCACCCCCUGGAGAAAAUUAUCAACGGUCCAGCGCAUCAUACAUUGCAUCACCUAUAUUUCACUGUCAACUACGGACAGUAUUUCACCUUUUCCGAUCGGUGGGGUGGCUCAUACCGUCAGCCGCUGUCCGAGCUUGACCCAUUGCUGGAGGUCAAGAGGCUCGAGGCGGAAAAGCAAAAGAAAGCGCUUGGCAAGGACGCAUAGACUUUGGUUUUUACUUUACGCGCUUCGUCUAUGUCUCUGGGUCUCCGAGCUGUGUGUGCUUCUUUUGUAAGAUACCCUGCCUCUUACAUGGGGAAAAG